AUGUCAAUCGCUCCCACUUCGAAAGAGUACAAAACAUUUUUGGACGUUGUCAAUGCCCGUGAGAAUUUCCCCAUCCUGCAGUGGGUAUUCCAGGUGUAUAUCGAUUCCAUCGAUAGGUCUUACCAUCUUGUCAUUCCGCCGGCUGAUCAAACUGUUAGGCUUGUCAUCCCCUCGGUUGUUUCUGCCUUUUGUGGUCUCCAAGGUCGGAAACUCGACGAGCCCAGCAGGCCAAGGACCUUAGCGCUUGUCGAUGGCACCGACGCCGCGUCGAGGACAGCCAUUGUCCAGAAGACUCUGCACAAAUUCUGCGACGAGAAGAUGCUUGCGAAUCUGUCACGCUGGCGCAACGAGUUGAAGCCCAUCUAUGGAUCCAGUGGCGAGCUUCCCUUCAAGGUCGAUCGUGCUACCGCACCCCUUCUCGGUGUCGUCUCGUAUGGGAUUCACCGGACAGCCUUCACUCGCAGUGACGACAGUCAUAUCAAGCUGUGGGUGCAGAAACGCUCACAGUCCACUACAUUCUAUCCCGACCACCUCGACAAUACUGUAGCUAGCUCGACUAUACCCGAUGGCCAACUGCCUCUAUAA